GACCGUGUCGGUGGGAUGGUCCGGAAAUGCUGUGAUAAAAAGAGGGGCGCGGGGGAAAAGUAAGGAGAAGCUCUGGACUCGUUCCUUCUCCCCCACUCCGCACCCGCAACUUCCCCGGCAACCCUCGGGCACACGGGCGCCGGCCGGAGCCCGUGGGAGAGGAGAGGAGCCGCAGCCACCUGCCCCGGCCCGGCCCGUCUCAGCACAGCGCCUGUCGCCGAGCGAGGCUGCCUUCCAAGGAUUCCCCGUCUUUGUGCAUGUGAGGUGUGAAGUGGGCAGGACCCCAAACAACAAACCAUGGAUUUUGUUAUGAAACAAGCUCUAGGAGGGGCUACCAAAGACAUGGGAAAGAUGCUGGGUGGGGAUGAGGAGAAAGACCCAGAUGCCGCUAAGAAGGAAGAGGAACGACAGGAAGCCCUUCGGCAACAAGAGGAAGAGAGGAAAGCCAAAUAUGCCAAGAUGGAGGCUGAAAGAGAAGUUAUGAGACAAGGGAUUCGAGACAAGUAUGGGAUAAAGAAGAAGGAAGAAAAGGAAGCAGAGGCCCAGGCUGCACUGGAAGCUAACGCUGAAGGGAGUCUGACACGCCCAAAGAAGGCGAUCCCUCCUGGCUGUGGGGAUGAGGAAGAGGAAGAAGAAGAGAGCAUCCUAGACACAGUCAUCAAAUACUUACCAGGGCCCCUGCAGGACAUGUUCAAGAAGUAAUAGCUGCAUACUGUUAGAUGGGCAUAAACAGUACUGCAAAGGAUUUCUCUUUUGCCCAAUGGGGAUUUACAAUCUUGCCAUUCAUCCUGCAGUCCUCCCCACCUCUGCCCUCUACUGCUCACUAGGAGUCCCUUUGCUUCCCAUUCCCUUCCAAUUGUCUCUUUCCCUUUCCUCCACCCCAAGACUCAUCCAUUCCUUAAUUUUGUACAUAGUCACAUCCAGUAGAUGCCUCUGAAUGGAUGUAAAGAUUAAAAAGCUGCAGACUACACAACUUUUAUUAUAAGCCAUAGUACUAUGUAUGUUAAAUAAGGCAACUGCACAUCAAGCAUAGGAAAGGAACAAUCUCAUUUCCAUCCAAUGCAAGAAGGAGUGUUCACUAAAUAUGAACAGUGGCCUCUUUAAUUUUUUAAAUUAUCUUAUUUUUAUUAUUGAUAAUAAUUAAUCAUUAUUAUAAUGUUCCUAUUGAUUGGGUCACUUCAGCCAUUUUUUGUUGAGCACAUCUGCUCUCAGAAGGGAUAUCUCAGUUUUGCCAUGAAAGCAGAGCUUUUCUGUUUUAAUUCUAUCCGUGACAUAAAUAAAAGAUCAUUUGGAAAGUAAAUCAUGCAUGACUUACACAGCUGACAUCACUCAGAAUUGUAGAAGAAGUGAGUCAUCUGCCCUCAGAUGCUGUAGAAGUUAAAUGCCUCAGAAUCUAAGCAAGAGUCAUGUUACUUUGGGAAUUAGCCAUACAUUUACCUUGAAUGAGCAAAUUGGUCAGGCACUUGCCUGAGAGAGCUGAAACCAUAGAAGAGUGCACAGUGCACUGGUAGAGGACCUCCCCAACCCCUCUGAAGCCAAUGACAAGUGUAUUUGCUGCUGUGUUUAACCAAUCUUUCUCUUUCUGCCAUAUUCAACCAUCCCGUUUCCAGCAGUGCUUGCAGGUUGGACAUUUGGGUUCCAGCAUAUUGUCAUGGCUCUGUCCCUUUCCUCCAGUGUGUGGGAGUGUGUGGUGGCUUGAAUGUUAGUCAUGGCAGAUCCAUAAAUAUCCAUGAUGUUUAUUGUGCUAAAUUACUGCAUUGCCUUGGGAGGUCACUUAUUUUCUGCCCCACUGAGAUUCUGCACCUGUAAAAAGUAGGUUUCAGUCUCUACCUACUCUAAAGACAUACAGUGAGGAUGCUUCUCUAGUGCUGUGCAGGAGCUAAUUAAUAUUACAGAAGUGUGUGUUAUCCCUUGAUGCUAGCAGGGUGGGAGAAGAUUUUUUUCUCACAAUUAUCUUUGUGGCCUUUUGCAGACACAGAUACAGAAGUUUCCUCAAUGAAACACUGUACAUAUAACAUAAUUGCAUAACAAAAUUCAAACUCUAAGGGAGAUGUUGACUUUCAAUACCUACACAGAUUCAAUACAUAGAUAGACCUACUUUGAACACAGGUCCUCAUGAUCAGAUAUCUGGCGUCUCAUCUGAAGAGCUAAUCCUGAAUUUUUGCAUCUGGCUAGGUCUCUGUAGUCAAUGCUGUGAGAGUAUCAUGCCAUCUCAGUCUCACAGUUUUGUCAGGAGAAUCAGGGUUUGUCUGGCAGAACUAGGAUUGCUUGUCCCUGUCCUGGGAACAGCAAAAAUUUCCCAAGUACAUGAAUGAGAUUUCAAAGCAAAUACAUUCUUUUUGCUCACAAUGAAAAGGGGGAUACGAUCAGACACUUCAUUAUGCACCUAAAUUUAAUGUUUUACUUAAAUGGAUCUUCUUUGCACUGGUUCGGUGUAACUGAGUUUAGGCAAACAUCUCAGUAUUUUCCUGAAUAAGAUAUUUUAGAAGACAUUUAUCACCUUUCCAGGUAAGCAGAAGAAAUCUGUACCACAUUUAUCAUCUUUUCAGGCAAGCAGAAGAAAUCUGUACCAUGGUUAAGAAAUUGAGCAUGAGAGCUCUGUACCUUCCUGUAGCAUCUAUUGUAAUAGGAAAAGAGUAUUUUGAAAGAGAAUAAAUAUAAUCUGCCCUUCUGGCACAAUUUUUAUUCAGGUGUUAUAGUCCUCGCUUCUUCUCAAAUAAUUUCAAACAUAACCUUCUAUUGAAUCCAAGGUGGAGGCUGAAGAGUUUUGACUGAUAUACAAGUCAGAAAAGUUGAUAGAGAUGCAGCUUGUUUCAGGCUGGAUCUAGGAACAAGCCUUGUUUGUUCAAGUACAAGCUGCCAAGGUCUAUCCAGAGGAAGGAGAAGUCAGGUUUUACUCAUUGGUUAAUGUCAAUGGGACGUUUUUUCCCCCUAACUUUCAUUUAAAACAAGAUGACUGCUUCCCUCCUGAUAUUUUUAAUGACCCAGAACACUCUAUGAAUCAGUGAAUCAGUGCUCGGGUACAGCAUGGUAAUGUUGAAAUUUACUAUUUUCUAGGAAAUGUCCUACUCACCCCAUGCAAAUUCAGCAACUAGUAACUUGAGGCUGUUUAAGUAAAUCUCACCAAAUUAAAAACUCUCUGUCACAAGGGCAGCGGCUCAUUUUGAUUCUCUGCCAGAGUGUCCAACAUCCCUGAAAGCUUAAAGGCAGAGCUUGGCUCUUUGCUUCAGCCACUCAUAGGUUGCUAGAUCUCCUAACCUGGAUCACUGACAUAUAGACAUCAAUGCUUUUGAAAUGCCUUGAUUAAUCUCUGUGGCAUUCAUCCUCUAUUACAUAAGUAGUACCAGCAGAAAUGUGCCUGCUCUAAAAUGAGCAUGCCCAUUCAUAUAUUUCCCUGGCCUUGUGCUGGAGAACUCUGCAAACAAACAAACAAAUGAGAAGUUAAGCUUAUUCCACUUUACUUUGGCUUUCCUCUAGCACUUGUUUUCUGACCUUUCCCUAACCCCCAUUACUGAUUCCCUUCCUCAUCCAACCAAAUACUGUUCCCGAUGUAAGAUCAGAAUUUUCUGCCUAUCAUUCUCCUUUCAGAAUGUUAGUGCUGCUUCUUUUCACAGUCCCUCUGGCAGCUUGAUGUGCAUGUUUGCACACACAUCUGUGGAAGGUGAGGAAAUCAGAGAAGACUGGGAGAAGAGAAAGUAUGUUUGGUACUGUUUUAGAUAAUUAUGCCUCAGUAGCUGUGGCAUUGAAUGACCAGCCUAAGUCAGGAUCUUGUGUAGACUGUACUCAAAUUUCUUAAGCAGAUAGUGCUAUCCCUGGGCUCAGAACACUAAAAAUACUAUCCUUGUGAGCUGAGCUCCUGAGCAGAGUGAACAUCUGGAUUGAACCCCUGAAGAGGGCCAUAGGAUCACUAUACUGAGUCUGGUAGGCCUCAUUCCAGGCUCACCAAGCAGGAGGGAAGGGGAAGGUGGUUUGUUAAAUAGUGUUUACCAAGUCUUUUCUAUUGUGGGAUCUUCCCAGCUCCGCCAUUUAAUCACUUCUGUUAUCUCAGCUGGCCACACCUGCAGCAGCCCUUCCUCCCUUGACAGCAGAGAGUUCAUCCAAGUGUGAGCUGGCAGUUCUCAUUUUCCUCUUCUUGCCAUAAGAAACAUGACAGAAGAUCCACCACAGGUACUGGAUAGAUUUGCUUGGUUUUGCCUCACAUAACUUUUGGCAGGUUGCAUGAAGGACCUUUCCUCAAGUCAUUCCACGGUCCCAAAGUGCCUAAGCCAUGCUGAACAGACUCGAGAGCAAGGCACUCUCCCUUCUCUUCUGCCCAUCUAUUUCCCUUACUCAGAACUGGUAACAAGGGACACAGACACCUUUGACCCAUGUCUGGAAGUCAGAAGCGUUGUCUCACACACUUUUCCCCUUGGCACUUAUGGCAGGUGAUGAAGCACUUAAACAAGAGACCAAAGAGAAGCAUGGUUCAUUGUUUGGAUUCUGAAUAUCUUUUUGUCUUUCAUGACAUUUUUUUAUUUGCAUCACUGGUCUGUUCAAUCUCAGGUAAAUGAGGAAUUUUAGUUUUAUAACUAGUUUUUAUUUACACAGAAAGGUUGUUGGCUAGACACUGCAGUCAUUUUCCCUCACAGCUCCAAGACCUUACAGGUUAGUAAAAAAAUAGUCAAAGGGCCUUCACAUUUGGAGGGUAAAUGAUUUAGUUUGCCAUUGACCUUGUGAACUCACAUUUAUAUGUAGAGAAAGCCAUAUGAAAUCAGACUGCAAUAUUAAUUAUCAAUGCUACUAUUACGUUUAAAAUUAAUAAAACAAAAUAUAAGAUCAUGUGCUUAAUCACUUUGGAGCUCCUCUGUCUAUAUUUCUAGUAUCAUACAUUGGCUUAGAUCCCUCCCAACCUCUCUUCUUCAUCAAGAAAGACCGUACCAGUGCUGCUGAAUACAUCUUUUUGCCAAGCUUUUUGUGCUAGAACAAGCAUUGUUAGAAAUUAGCUGUUGUGAUCUAAAUGUAACGUCUUCUGUAUUUGAAAGUUGUCUGUAUUUGUUCUGAAUAUAUGUUAUCGAGAUAACUGUUUCUUCAUGCACUGAGUUAGUAAAAUGUUUUAGUACUGUCAUUAAAAAAAUUGCCUGUUUUCUCUCUUUCUCAUUCACACACACAGAGCAAAAUUUAACUUAGUCAUGCAUUUUCUAGUAGAAAUGCUCCCCAGCUUUCUUUCAGAUGCAUGCAGUACUUGAGGAUGAUUUAAAAUAGAGACAUUGUGAAUGUGAUUUUAAUUUGUUAUUUUCCUGGUAUUUUUUCCUGCAUGAUGUGGGUAAAUGGUAUGAUGUUCUUUUAAAAUGGAAUCACAGCCAAUAAAAAACCCCAGUGAUUUCAUAAAUUGUUUGCAAUGCUUUCCUGUGAAAUUCCUACCAGGCUACAUUUGGAAAUCAAAGCAUGGUUGCUCAUAU